GUGUUUUAUAAGGCAAACAUCUUGUCAAUGCAUAUGCACAGAACUGUCUCUGAGACGGACUCAGACUGAUAGAUCCAGAAAACCUACGACUCGACUGUAGGCUAUACACGUACACCUACAUAGAACUAGACAUAAGGAUGCGAAUCAAAGGUCUCAGAUUGGAGGACCCGUCUCUUGCAGUACUCACUCUAAUGCUACUGCUCUUCUCUGGAGCUGCUCAUAGUCAAGAGCUGAGGUAUGCUCUGUUCACUUCUGGACCUACUGGAGGCUUUCAUACAUCAGGUGUGGUGCCUGCCAUUGAGUUAGCAGAGGAGCUGAUUAAUGCUGACAGCUCUAUUCUACCUGGCUACAACCUCACUCACACACCUGUGGUGGACACAAUGUGUGACAGGACUGAAUCACUCGGGCAGUACUUUGGAACUGUCUUUUCCCCUAACCCGACUGUGCUUGGUCUCCUGGGCUGUGGCUGCUCAGUGGCCUCCACUCCUGUGGCAGAGAUCAUUCAAUUCAACAGUAUCUCACAGAUUGCCUAUGUAUCGUCUUCAAUUGAGUUGAGUGACAGAAGUCGUUUCCCCAACUUCUUCCGUACCUACCCCUCAGAUGCUGACUUUGCUCCAGCCGUAGUCACCCUCAUUGAAAAGUACGGCUGGAGACAAAUGGGAUUCAUCACUCAAGACGAGGGCUUGUUCACAGAAGCAUUUUCAAGGAUUGAAAAAGCUUUGAGAAAUGUGAGAGUAAGGAACACUGUGAUCCCAUCCGAGAUACCAAUUUCUACAAUCAGGACAAACGGAAGAAGCUUCUUUUUUGAAGACAGUAACACUCGAGUGUUCUUCAUUAACACCUAUUCCGAUAUGGCUCGACAGAUAAUUUGUGAGGCGUCCCUAAGGCCUAGGGGGUACUCCUCCCCAAACUAUGUGUGGAUGACAUACGGCUGGUAUGAAGAGAACUGGUGGAAAGCGAAAGUUAACCCAGAGCAAGUACCUGCAGACUGCACUGACUCACACCUAGCAGAGUUCCUGCAUGGAAGUAUGGUGCUGCAGCUGGUCCCCACACUGAAUGAUUCCAACAGUAUGACGGAUACUGGACUGACACCUCAAGAAUUUGAGACCAUCUAUCGAACGAGACUUGAAGAACCAGAAUCAAAAGCCAACAACUACACUUUCGUGUUCUUAGCCACCGUGGCUUAUGACGCCCUCUGGACAUUUGCUUUGGCGCUGAACAAGACCAAUGAGAUGGUUGGCAGUCUGACAAGAGAGGAUAUAUUGAACAAGACUCAGUGUAGGGGGAGUGAUGGAUUAUUAGUACCUCUGGAGAACUUCACCUACUCCAAUCAGCUCAUGGGCUGCAUCAUCAGGUGGAACCUGGAGGAAACAGACUUUGUGGGAGUGUCAGGGAGAGUCGAAUUCAAUGAUGGCACAAGAAUUCAGCCGACGGUUCAGCUGUUUCAGUACAGACUGCAAAACGACGUCUUGUUGAGGAUAAACUUCGGUCAAACCAUCCAUGAUAGAGAGAAUCAAAGUAGAGAGCUAAUAUUCAUUAACGGGGAGAGUAACAGCACAAUAUUCCCUGGAGGUAUUCCAAUGGAUGGCAUCCCAAUCACUGAGAUAACCACGUACCACUUGUCACUGGUGGUAGUGUACUAUGUGCUGGCAGCUGUUGGACUUGCCUUCACCACCGCCUGUCUCAUCUUUAACUUCACACAGAGAAACAAGAAAGUUGUGAAGCUGACUAGUCCUAACAUCAACUACUUUGUCAUCCUUGGAGCGUAUAUUCAGUUCACAACCAUCUAUUUCAGGCUUCUUCCUAGCACAGACCUCAUUGUGAAUGAAGCAAGAUGUAUUAUUUCCAGCCUCCUUAUAAUAUCAGGCUACUGUUUCGGAUACGGAGCCAUACUGGCAAAAAUGGGGAGAAUCUACUACAUCUUCAACAACCCAACCACCAGCAAAAAGACCGUUACUGACUGGAAACUUAGUCUGGUGGUGCUUUUUGUAGCUGGCUUUGGCAUUCUGCUAACAAUACUGCAAGUUUCAGUGCCUGAGCUCAGACCCACUCCAGAUCUGAGAAUAAAUGAUGAGCGAGGAAAUAAUACUGUAAACGAGUUCGGAAUUCGGAUUGAGUACAUGUCGUACCAGUGCUACGUAUCGAGCAAUGUACCACAGACUGCAAUGCUGGCCCUCCUGUUUGCCUACCUUGCACUCCUGCAAAUCAUUGGAAUAAUCUUGGCCAUCCAAACACGCAAAGUCAAGAUCAAGCUGCUGAAUGACUCCAAGUACAUUGCUGCUCUCAUCUAUACCUCCAGUCUUGUCUUGAUUUUGAUCGGAGUGAUUUCUUUCACGGCUACUCGCAUACCUAACAUUGGCGAGGCUCUCACCUCUGGUGGACUGUGGGUGGUCACAGUCCUGUUCCUGUCCCUCGUGUUUAUACCAAAGAUGGUGAGCCUGUACCGUGACCCAAAUGGAGAGAAUGUGUUUCAGACAUCCAAUACAGACCCCCAUGCUUCCGCAAAGAUGGAGAGAGCAUUAUCAAAAACUUUCUCUAAGAGAGAAUUCGAUAAUAGUUUGAUGAAAGAGAACGGAUUAGGAGUUCAGACUUCUUCUCGCUUGAGUGGACACAGUCCAAGUCCGUCUCCCCUACUAAAUUCAAUCACUGAGAUAGUGUCGUCAAUAGCAACUGCUCCAGCCACUGUUGCGGAUAGCAAUGAACUUGAGGAAAUCACUCGUCACAGAACAAAUGGCAUCGACCAUUAGUUAGAGCUAAUUUUUUGUACCAAUGUGUCAAGAUCACUAAUUAAUGCCCCAGUGCACAUAUGUAUGUUCAAUGACCAGGCAUAAAACCAUAAAGUUUUAUUUGUGUCACCA